CCAAUCCGCCCGCCCCGCUCCCGCGCGAGAUCCAUCCAUCCCGAUCCCAUCGCGUCACACGUCACCUUGCCAUUUAUCAGCACACGCGGUUAGCCGCCCUCUCAAGCUCGCUCGUCGCUCGCUCCCCUGCCCCGCGUCCGCCCCGCCUCCUGAAAAUUCCCCCUUUUUUCCUACUUCCCGUCCCACGGCUCCUACGCCCCGCGGGCCCAAAAACCCUAGCCGGCUAAUCCAAUCCUGCUUCCCGCCCAUGGCCUCCGCGGACGCUGCCAAGCCCGCGUCCCCGCCCGCCGCGGAUCCGCCCGUCGACGACCCCAUGGACGCCGACCCCGCGCCCCCCGCGGGGGAGGAGGAGCAGGCCACGCCGCAGAAGCAGCAGCCGGAGAAGAAGCGGGGCGGCCGGAGGAAGAAGGGCGAGGCGGCGGAGAAGACGCCGCCGUCGUCCAAGAAGUCGGCGGGCCCCACGGUGGAGCGCCCGUCCAGGGAGAGGAAGACGGUCGAGAGGUACGCGGAGCUCGCGCCGCGCGCCACACCCGCCAAAAAGUCCCCCGCUAUUCUCCAGGGUUCUGGAACGAAGCUCAAGGACAUACCCAAUGUUUCAUUUAAACUAUCAAAGAGAAAGGUGGAUGAGAAUCUCCAGAGCCUCCAUACUGUAUUGUAUGGGAGAAAAUCAAAUAACCAUUUUCUGAAGAGAAACAUAUCUCAAUUUUCUGGGUUUGUUUGGACAGACAAUCAAGAAAAACAGAGGAACAGAAUAAAGGAAAAGCUUGAGAAAUUUAACAAGGAGAAGUUGCUAGAUUUUUGUGAAAUACUGGACGUUAUUGUAAAAGUAACUAUGAAGAAGGAAGAAGUUUCUGCCAAGCUCUUGGAAUUUUUGGAGUCUCCUUGUGUUACUCGGGAUGUUGUUCUCACUGAUAAAAAGAAGGGGAAGAAACGGGGAAGAAAAUCUAAAGUAGGUCGUGAGACAACUGCUGAAGGUGCUUCUACAGAGAAGAAAAGGAAAAGAGCCCAUAAACAAGCAGCUGAAGAUGGUAAAGAGAAUGAUGGUGAGGAUGAUGAUCCCACUGGUUCUGAGGAUGCAUCAACAGGAGAGGAAGCUGAUGGGGACUCUGAGGCAAAUGAUCAUGCUUUGAGUGAUGAUGAACAUGAUGAGCCUGCCUCAAAGAAAAAGUCUUCAGAUGUUAAACAAAAGAAAGAAACAGGUUCUGAUGCAAAGGAAAAGGAUGCACCAGGGAAAAAAGGUUCUACGAAACGUGCAUCAAAGCCUUCUCAAAACAGUAAAAAUGAGCCUGAGGUAGAGAUAAAAAAGGUUGGCAAGAGAGAAAAGAGUUCAAAAGAAACUGACGUGUCACCAGAUUCAAAUAAGUCAAACAAGAAGAUUUCUAAAUCCAAAAAGGGUGAUGGAAAAGAAACCCAAAAUAAUAAAGCUGCCAGGUCAUCCAAUAAGAGUAAAGGUAAAGUCAAAGGUGGGUCAGUGGCUGGGACUGCCCCAACCACUGAACAGCUUCAUGCUGUUGUUAGUGGCAUUUUGAAGGAAGUUGACUUCAACACAGCAACUUUGGCUGAUAUUCUCAGGCAAUUAGGGACCCAUUUUGAAAUGGACCUCAUGGACAGAAAAGCAGAAGUGAAGCGCAUUAUAGAAGAUGUAAUUAAUAGUAUGUCUGAUGAUGAAGGUGAGGAAGGCUCAGAAGAUGAAGCUGAAGACGAUGGUAAGGCGGAUAAUUUAAAGAGUGAACCCGAUGGAGGUGAAGAGAAGUGAUUCUGUGGACUGGAUGUGGAUUGAACAUCGAAGGGUCAUUUUUCAUGGCAGUCUCCUGUUUGGAGGUUUGGCUCUGUACAAUUCGGGCACCGCAAGAACGAGCCGGUGACCUGGGUACUGCUUACAUGAUUGUUAACCAUUUCAACAGCCAUACGCAUCUAGCUGAGCUUGACUUGGUAGUGAAUGUAGUCUAGUCGCUUGUCAUGUAAUAGCUUUGCGAUUGAUAGUUUGCUAGCUUAGGUAGCUAGCCUGACUGUAAUAUGCAGAAUAAUUCUUGUCUUGUUUCCGUCCAUUUUAUCCAUGUAAAACUAUGAGUUCUGAAUCUUUCUGAACCUUGCUUUUCUUGUUCUCCUUGUCAUCUUAAUGUCUGAUCAUUUUUGUUGAAUUUUUU